AUGGCUGGCAAACAACAUCAGCAGCAUAGAGUUGAGCUGCACCAGGAUCAGUUCUGCUGUUCAGUAUGUCUGGACCUGCUGAAGGAACCAGUCUCCAUUCCCUGUGGACACAGCUACUGCAGACACUGUAUCGAGGACUGCUGGGACCAGGAGGAGAAGAAGGGCCGGUACAGCUGUCCUCAGUGCAGGGAGACGUUCAGUCCGAGGCCGGUACUGAAGAGGAACACCAUGCUGGCUGAGGUUGUGGAGAAGCUGAAGAAGAGCAGCACCCAGCAGCCCUCCCCUUCUCUGGCCUUUGCCGGCCCAGAAGACGUCGCCUGUGAUUUCUGCUCUGGGACCAGACGAAACAAAGCCACGAUGUCUUGCCUGACGUGCUUGGCGUCCUACUGUCCGGCUCACCUCGAGCCUCACCACAGCGUUCCUGUGCUGAAGAAGCACCAGCUGGUCUCGGCUACUAUCCCUCUGCAGGAAAAGAUGUGUGAGAAGCACAACAAGCUGAUGGAGGUCUACUGCCGGACGGACAGGAAGUUCAUCUGCCAUCUCUGUGUUAUAGAUGAGCAUAAAGGCCACAAAACCAUUUCUGUUUCACUGAAGAAAGCUGAGACGGAGAAACUUCUGGUUUCCAGUCAAAAGGAAGUCCAGGAGAGAGUCAAGAAGAGAGAGGCGGAGCUGCGGGAGCUGAACCAAGCUGAGGAGAAUGUCAAGAAUGGUGCCCAGACUGCAAUGAAAGACUGUGACAAGAUCUUUGCCAAGAUAAUCUCCUGCAUGCAGGGAAGAUGUAGAGAGGUCAAGCGGCUGAUCGGAGAUCAGGAGAAGGUAGCAGUCGCUCAGACUGAAACCCUCCGGAUUCAGCUUGAGGAGGAGAUCAGCAAGCUGAAGAAGAGAGACGCUGAACUGAAACAGCUGUUGCAUGUUGGCGAUCACAUCCACAUGAUUCAGAGCUUCCAGUCUCUCUCCACUUCCUAUGACUCUCCAAACUUUUCAUUCGAUCCUGGUUCUCUGCGUUCCUUCGGAGAUGCGACUGAGUGCGUCUGUGAGCUGAAAUGUAAAUUGGAGACUGUCGUAAAUGACACAUGGCCCAGGAUCUCUGCCACAGUAUCUUAUGUUGACUUCUCACUACUACAAGCAUCAAAAACCAGAGAGGACUUUUUACGCUAUUGCUGUCCCCUCACACUGGACGGGAACACAAACUACCCCUAUCUUCACCUGAUAGACGACGACAUCAGGGUGAGGCCUUCACCCAGCGCGUAUUCUGCUCACCCAGAGAGGUUCACUAAGUGGCCACAGGUGCUGUGCAGAGAGGGUUUGUCAGAGCGCUGUUACUGGGAGGUGGAAUGGCAUGCCCGCACUCUGUCUGCAGCAGUGGCAUACAAAGACAUCAACCGCACAUCAGACGAGUCACAGUUCGGAAAAGAUGACAAGUCCUGGAGUUUAGAGUGCACGGAAAAAGGUUACUUAUUCCGUCACAAUAAUGUGGAAACAAAGGUGUAUGGGCCUUGCUCCAAAAAUAUUGGAGUGUAUCUGGAUUAUAGAGCAGGCACUCUGUGUUUUUAUCACGUCUCUUACCCGAUGGUGCUUCUCCACAAAAUCCAGACCACGUUCACCAAGCCUCUUUAUCCAGGCCUGGGGCUGGAAUAUGAAUGGUAUGAUAUUGGCGUGUUCGCACAGCUGACCAAGUUAUGGUAG